ACCUCCCCCCGGCUUCACCUUUCACAGCCCACGAGACCCCGCCCACCACGCCCCACCGAGACCCCACCCACAACGGCCCCACUCCUGAGGCCCCGCCCAUCACGGCCCCACUUCGGGACCCCGCCCCAUAGUCCCGCCCUGACGCCUGUCCCGGGAUUGGGCCCGCCCCACCUUCACGAGACUUGGAGCAGUUGGGGACCAGUCCUGCCGGUGAGACAACCUAGAGGUCGACAAGAGCAACGGCUGUCGUGUGGCCGGCGCUGGAGGGCCACCCAGCGCUGCUCUGAGCACCGCAGGGAGCUGGUGGGGGCCUCUGGAGCGUCUGUCCCCCCCAACCCCGCCCCAGCGCUCGCCGUCCCACCGCCCCUCCAGUGUCUCCCCUUCGGGGUCCCGGAGCUCCGCCGCUGCGCCCCCACCGCCCUCUGCAGAACCCGGCAUGGAGCCCUUUCUCAGGAAGAGGCUGGCCUUCCUGUCCUUUUUCUGGGACAAGAUCUGGCCGGCCGGGGCACCGCGGUUCCCAGACCCCGACGCUGACCUGGAGCUGGAGCCCGCCGCAGAGGAGCCCAGUACCGCGGAGCCUUGCAGCCCCCCGGCGCCCGCGCAGCUCUUCAGGGCUCUGUGCGACUUCACGGCGCGGCGCGCGGAGGAGCUGAGCGUCAGCCGCGGGGACAGGCUCCACGCCCUCAGGGAGGAGGGCGGCUGCAUUCUGGCCCGCAAGCUCUCGGGCUGGCCCUGCACUGGCCUGGUGCCCAUCACCUACGUGGCCAAGGUGGCCCCUGAGACGCUCUCAGACCAGCCCUGGUACUUCAGUGACAUCAGCCGAACCCAGGCCCAGCAGCUGCUCCUGUCCCCCCCCAAUGCGCCGGGGGCCUUCCUCGUCCGGCCCAGUGAGAGCAGCCAUGGGGACUUCUCACUGUCAGUCCGGGCCCAGACCAAAGUCUGCCACUACCGCAUCUCCAUGGCGGCCGACGGCAGCCUCUACCUGCAGAAGGACCGGCUCUUCCCCAGUCUAGAUGAGCUGCUAGCAUAUUACAAGGCCAACUGGAAGCUGAUCCAGAGCCCACUGCUGCAGCCCUGCACAGCCCAGAAGUCCCUUGAGCAGGAUGAGUGGGAGCGGCCCCACUCGGAGUUCACCCUGCGGAGGAAGCUGGGCGAAGGCUACUUCGGGGAGGUGUGGGAAGGCCUGUGGCUGGGCUCCAUGCCCGUGGCAGUCAAGGUCAUCAGACCAGGCGACGUGAAGCUCGCCGACCUGGCCCAGGAGAUACAAACGCUUAAGAGCCUGCGGCAUGAGCGCCUCAUCCGGCUUCACGCGGUGUGCUCGGCGGGCGAGCCCGUGUACAUCGUCACGGAGCUCAUGCGCAAGGGCAGCCUGCAGGCCUUCCUUGGCAGCCUCGAAGGCCAGGCCCUGAGCCCGCCCUUCCUGCUGACCUUUGCCUGUCAGGUGGCCGAGGGCAUGAGCUACCUGGAGGAGCAGCGCAUCGUGCAUAGGGACCUGGCUGCCAGGAACGUGCUCGUGGGCGACGACCUGGCCUGCAAGGUGGCCGACUUUGGCCUGGCCCGGCUGCUCAAGGAUGACAUCUACUCCCCGCGCAGCGGCUCUAAGAUCCCCGUCAAGUGGACAGCGCCUGAGGCAGCCAGCUAUUGCGUGUACUCACCCAAGUCUGAUGUCUGGUCCUUCGGGGUCCUGCUCUACGAGGUCUUCACGUAUGGCCGGUGUCCCUACGAAGGUGGGCCUCCUGGCAGCACAAGGCAGGAGGCAAGGGUAGUCCAAGGAAGGAAGCGUGGGAGCCAGCCUGGAGGAGGAGGCACCCCCUGCCCAGGGAUUGCUGAGCCUGGAAGGGGUACCAGGCCUGGAGGCUGCCUGCUUGGCGGGGUCUGCCCAGGGCUGGAGGUGGGCUCCAGAGUGACUCCCAGGCCAAGGGAGGAAGCACCUGCCCAGCGUCUCUUCUUGCCCCUCCCCAGGGAUGAGCAACCACGAGACUCUACAGCAGAUCUCACGGGGGUACCGGCUCCCGCGCCCGGCUGCCUGUCCAGCUGAGGUCUAUGCGCUCAUGCUGGGGUGCUGGAGGCGCUGCCCGGAAGAGCGGCCAGACUUCACCACACUGCGGGAGAAGCUGGGUGCCACGAGCAGGCGCCACCGCCCCGCCCUCACAUGACCCGGGCUCCUGCCCAGGGACCCCUCUCAUGGGACAGUGUUUGCCAACAAUACCUGCUGCCCAGAACUGGUGCCAGCCCACAGGGCCUCUGGCUGUGGGCCUCACACCCUGACACGUGCUGACACACAAAGCUUGUGCAUAUGAGGCAGACACAUGCGGACACCCGCUCAGACAGGAGAGGGACUGGCAUCCUCCAGCAGCAUGACCAGUGUUCCCCAGAGAGGGAGGAUCUCAGCAGAGAAGCCCAGACAGAGCCCACAUUCGCCCUGACCUCAGGAAUACACUGGGCAGAGAGGCCUCCUGCCCGUGCCUGCCUCAUCGAGCCCCCUCGCACAGUCAGGAGCCUCGGUGGGUUGCUGUGGCUUUCUUGCAGCUGCCGGUGCUAGGGCUUUGGCAGGCCCAGGGCACUGGCCCCACAUGACACAGACUGGCAUAGCCACUCCCUCUUGUGGUCCACCUGGCCCUGAGCCCUUAACCAGAACAGGACCUGGGGCUGAUGGCUCAGCCCUCCAUCUGAUGGAUUGUGCCCGAGGAAGAGCUGGCCCUCAUGUGCCCACCUCUACCCCAGGGCAUCUUGGCGCCCACAUCCGGGGAUUCAGAGGCAGCACACCCCCUGGGCUGUGGGCAGGAACAGGAUGGCGGGGGAGGCUGCAGAGGCCAGGUGAAGAGCCUUUCCCAUGCCCCUGGGGCUGGAGCAGAGAGAGAGGGAGAGAGGGGGUUGUCAGGCCACAGGAAGCUCAGACUGGUGACUAGGUGACUGGGUGACGCUCUGGGCGGUUCUCUGUGGGUGGGACAAAGGUCAGGGAGGCAUCAUGCCUCAGAGCUGGGGUCCUGGGUGCUGGCUGACUGUGCAGGGUCGGGGGGGGCCGACGUUGAUGCUCUGGCGUCUGGGCACCUGGUGACCACUGGCCCUCCUGUGACAGGAAGCAGCCAGUUGCCAGGUGCAACUGCUGCCCCGGAGCUGAUCUCAAGCACAGCUUCAUCACAGGACGUGCACUGUUGGCUUCACCUCACCCUGCCGGCUCCAGUCCCACGAGAUGGACAUGGACAGGGACUGGGCAGGUGG